UUUGUUGUAAACAUGGCAACAAUAAUCACGAGCAUGUUCAUUGUUUGUUAAAUUUAAAAAAACAAAAAACCCAAAGCGAUUUCAAUUGAUUUUUUAUUUACUGCCCCCAUUAAAUUUAUGAAUAUUUUUAUAUUUUAACUAAAAUUAUAAACCACCGGCUGCGAAUUCUUACCUUAACUUUUUAUUUUUAUUUACAUAUUUUUUUAUAUUUUGUUGGAUAAUUUAUCAUGGUAUUGAAGUUAGCGUACGUCUAAUAGUUUUUGGAUUUUCUUUUAGACAGUAAAUUUAAAAAAAAAAAAAUUUGAAUAAAUUGCACCUGUGGUUUUUAAAAUUUUCUAUUUUUAGUUUUCAUUUUUUUGUAAUUGAUUUGUUGAAAAAAAAAAUCGGAAAAUUUUGAAUUGUCUGCGAACUGCAGGAUCAUUAAUUUAUCAAGAUAUUUUUUUUUUUGUUAAUUUAAAUUUUUGAGUUUUUGGAUUUUUGAAAUUAACAAUGACGUCUAUUAUUAAACUCCACGCUAUUUCUGGAGCUAUGGAUGAAUCUCCUCCUUGCUAUUUGCUGGAGAUUGAUGAAGUUAAAAUUCUCCUUGACUGCGGCUGGAAUGAGCAAUUUGAUGAAUCUUUCAUUAGGGAAUUGAAAAGACACGUGCAUCAGAUUGAUGCAGUAUUGCUGUCAUAUCCAGAUCCACUUCACUUAGGAGCUCUGCCUUAUUUGGUAGGAAAAUGCGGCCUCAGUUGUCCCAUAUAUGCGACCAUUCCUGUCUACAAAAUGGGACAGAUGUUCAUGUACGACAUGUACCAGUCACGACUUGAUCUGGAAGACUUUGAUCUCUUUACGCUGGAUGACGUCGACGCAGCAUUUGAUAAAAUUGUCCAGUUGAAGUACAAUCAGAGUGUCCCGAUGAAGGGCAAAGGCUACGGUGUCACGUUGACACCCUUGCCAGCGGGCCACAUGAUCGGAGGUACGAUUUGGAAAAUAGUUAAAGUCGGAGAAGAAGAUAUCAUUUAUGCGGUGGACUUUAACCACAAGAAAGAGCGACAUUUGAAUGGUUGCGAGCUUGAAAGACUGCAAAGACCCUCAUUAUUAAUAACGGAUGCUUUCAAUGCCAGUUAUCAGCAAGCGAGACGUAGGACACGUGAUGAAAAACUCAUGACCAACAUUUUGCAAACAUUACGUGGAGGUGGUAACGUUUUGGUUGGCGUUGAUACCGCGGGCAGAGUCUUGGAGUUGGCCCACAUGUUGGACCAGCUCUGGCGCAACAAAGAGUCGGGUUUGUUAGCUUAUUCUUUAGCGUUGCUUACUAAUGUCAGUUAUAAUGUGGUCGAGUUUGCCAAGUCACAGAUUGAGUGGAUGAGCGACAAACUUAUGAGAAGUUUCGAAGGCGCCCGAAACAAUCCCUUUCAAUUUAAACAUCUUCAACUCUGUCAUAGUAUGAAGGAGUUGAACAACGUCCCGAGUCCUAAAGUUGUGUUGGCAAGUACUCCAGACAUGGAGUGUGGAUUUUCACGGGAAUUGUUUCUUCAGUGGUGUUCGAAUCCUCAGAAUAGUAUUAUAGUUACCAGCAGAACGUCGCCGGGAACUCUGGCGAGAGAGCUGAUGGAGAAGGGCGGUAAUCGGAGUAUUACAUUGGAGCUUAAGAAACGUGUGAAACUAGAAGGAUUCGAGUUGGAGGAGUAUCAGAAAAGAGAACGCGCGAAGCAGGAGAUGAUGAAGCAAGAGAAGAUGGAAACUGACGACAUCAGUUCUGAGUCGGAGGAUGAAAUAGAAGUCGGUGGUACCAGGGGUAAACACGACUUAUUAGUCAAACAAGAAUCUAAACCUGGCUUUUUCAAGCAGAGUAAAAAACAGCAUCCAAUGUUCCCAUUUAUUGAGGAAAAGAUAAAAUGUGAUGAGUAUGGAGAAAUUAUUAAUCCCGAUGAUUAUAGAAUAGCUGAAAUAACCCCCGAGACUGAAGAUAAUAAAGAGAAUGUCGAUUUCAAACCGGAAGAGACAAUUCUACAUACAGAGACAUCCACAGAGGCCCCAACGAAAUGCAUCCAAAUAACCAGGACGAUAAAUGUCAACGCAUCCAUAAUGUACAUCGAUUUCGAAGGACGAUCUGACGGAGAAUCCUUACAGAAAAUUCUGGCCCAACUGAGACCCAGAAGAGUCGUCUUAGUUCGCGGGUCUCAAAAAGACUGCCAAGUUCUUGCUCAACAGGCACAGUCUGUUGGUGCGCGAGUUUUCAUCCCAAGUCAAGGAGAAACUCUGGACGUCACCACAGAGACGCAUAUUUAUCAAGUGAGAUUGACAGACGCACUCCUCAGAGGGUUGGAAUUUUCAAAAUGUCACGGUCACAAUGAGGUUGCUUGGUUCGACACGAGGUUCACCGAGCGAGAACGAGUCUGUCCAGAUACUUCAUCGUCCAUUGCCGAUUCAAAGGACGAUGAAGCUGAGGAAGAAAAAAUUUUUGCUCUUGAGCCCUUGAAUAUUAAUGAGGUCCCAGGUCACGAAUUUUUGUUCAUCAACGAGAUCAAGCUUUCUGAUUUCAAGCAAGCCCUCACUAAAGCAAAUAUUUCAUCUGAGAUUAGUGGAGGUGUCCUGUGGUGCUGCAACAACACCAUAGCAGUAAGACGCGGUGAAGCAGGAAAAGUUGUUCUAGAGGGAGCCUUAUCCGAGGAGUACUACCUAGUGCAAGAGCUGUUGUUCGAACAGUUCGGGAUCAUAUAAAGCAAUUAAAAUAAAUAAAAGAUAAAUUUUGUACAUAUUUAUAUUUUUAAAUAAUAAAAAUAAAAUGAAGUAUUAAUAAU